UUCGAUCGUUCCUCUCGUCUUACUAUAGGUAGAAUGUUUUUUCUGCUAUGUAAAAUGUGGGUGAGGAUGAGAGUGAAGAUGGCGGUCCUUUUUAAUCUCUGUAAGCGCUCACUAUAAGUAACUGUCUGCAUGGUUCUUGCAACGCAAUGGAUUUCUUCUCGGAUUUUCAGCAACGGCGUGUAAGUAUGGCCAAACUAUUGAAUUCUCGUGGGUUGGCUAGCUUUCCGGAUGAAACCGCGCGUGAAAUGCAGCGAAGCGACUAUCGAGGCUGUGUGCAUCACUGUCAGCCCGAUGGCAGUGGAGACUCUCCGGACAGCUUGCGCCGAGUAAUGAAGAACGCGCGCAUGUCGUCGAGCGAGAUUCGCGAGCAGUUUGGUGUGGACGCUUCAUCCCUCGUUUACCCGUUAGGGAACAUGAAUAUUUCAAGUGAACAAGAACAACAAUCCGGACCGUCGGGAAGUGGUCUUAAUACGGAACAUCAGGUGAACCACCUGAAACCCGUUCCUGGGUGCUCCUCGGUCGCGCGCGUUGUGAGCGGCCGGAAAUUUUUCUGCAGUCUGAAUGCUGCACCACAUCCGACGCAGGUGCGGAUGGAGGUGCACUUCGCUGACAAUCUUCAGAGUCUGUCCGAGGCGGCUCUGGCAGUGUACUAUGCCAUGUCGUCUCCAGAGGAGGAGACCGUCUUGCAGUUCUCAUCUCUAAAUAAGACUGCUGGUAACCGUGAAACCCCAAGCAAGGCUUUGCCGGAUCGACAUGCGCCAGCUCAAAUUACUGUCGCGGCCGGGCAGACAAACCUUGCUUUCAAGCCUAAGCGACGCAUCAAAUUGCGUUUGGUGCUCGAUGAAAAUGAGCCGCUGGCUGUCGAGCAAGGAACCGCUUUGCCAGGGAGCAGUCGUGCUUUCUCGAGCGCUACACCCAGCAAGAGAAACUCGAUAGGAAACGCAGGUCGUGGAGGCGGGCAACAGGACAUGACUUAUGGAAACGUCCGGUUGAUCAUAGAUACACGAGAAGCUUUCUUUCUAAUCCUGUGCCAAUAAAAACAGACAGCGCCGACCAUGCUGGAACUUCGGUUAUUAGACAUUUCCUCGGACUCGGUGAGGACGCAGUACAUCUGCCCCAGUUUUAUGUGACCACGCACCUCUGAAAACAACAUCUAAGAGGUAGCAAAUGCUGGGACAUCAAACUCCAAGAUCUCUCUCGCGGGGCAACCGUUGCACGUUUUUCUGAUAGACGGCGAACACAAUGCAGUACCUGGGAGUCAGUAUGAGGUGUGGGAGAACGAGAUUAUGUUUCGACCGCCCGACGCGGGUGUUUUUGAUCUUCAUGUCUGGUUGGGUGGUUUGCCAAUUGCAAACUCGCCCCUUCACUUACAUGUCGCCAUUGGAGACGUCCACGUCGCCCACUGCUCUUGCACGCUUCGUCCUUACUCUCGUCUACCAGUCAGGAGUUGGGCGGCGUCUUCCGCAGGUGGCAAUAUUGUUGUCACAUGUCGCGAUGAGUGCGGGAAUCUGGCUGAGCUGGCAAACGUCUUUGCGGGUAGUUGCUUAAAAUAUCAACCUCGCGCACGUUCGGUAGUCCGGCCUGUCGCUGAUUAGCGAAUCUAGAUGGCGGCUAGGUAGGGUAAAAAUUUAUCGUCUCUGAGUAACCUACUUUGUAGCGUUGAAUUUCGAAGCAAAAACUACACAGGUUCAUCUGUUGGUCGCAACCGCGAUGAGGGGCCUGGCCUGCGCAUUGUGGAAGAAGUGGCGGGCGCAAACCGGCGCGAGAUCGACUUGGCUCAACUGGCAGCACAUAGGGACGCUCUUGUGGAGGAAGAAGUUCAUGACGCGCGCACAGACGCAGAUUAUAGAAGCGGUCGCAGUAUGACAUCACCAGCAGCGUCCGAAGAUUGUUUCGUAGUUUCACCGAUAGGACUGGGUGUGUACAGAGUUUCUUUGCUUUUUCGCACGCAAGGUCGGCGAAAGGUUCGCGUACUGCUUAGUGCUGCAGUGGGACAACCAUUUUCUGUUCUGGCCGAGGCAUGCGUAGACGUCACAGCAGGAGUGCCGCACGGCCCCGCCUGCGAGUUGAGCUUGACGAUGCCAGCGGCUAGGCCCUUCGUUGGUGUCCCGUUUUCGGCCUCGCUCAUAUUGCGAGAUGUCAGUGUCAGCUGGACAGAUGUAUACGUCGAUCGUGAGUCACCAGCGCGUGUCAUAUUGCGGGGACCGAUUUAUUUGCAAGAAGCAGAAGAGGACGCCGCAGAGCACCAAAAAGUGAAGAAAGUUGUCCCCCAACUUUACAUGGCGCAGAUAACUCGCCACCCAGCCGUUAUUGGAGGAAAUAAUUACGGGCUGGAGCGGCGAAGAUCCACUGCAAGUGGGAGAAGUGUGGUUCCCGCAGCUCUUAGUAGUACGAGUAGUAGCCGCUACGCCAGCUAUUACCGUCUCCCCGAGAAAGAAAACGCGACGCUCGAAGUUUGUUUCCCGGAGUUGCAACACGCAGGUGAAUACGAAGUUCUUCUAUUGUUAUGACUUCCGGAAAUCGACCAUCUCCAGGAUCAUAUAAACUUGAAGUCCUCCCGCAUGGGGAAAACGUGGAAAGUAUGACUUUCAAGAUGGUUGAUUAUUCAGGGAAAGUCUAAUGCUGGCUCCAGAUGAUUUUGGAACUACUGCGAAGGAAACCGCUUUGCUCGAGUUCGACCUUGCUGGCAAUGACCGCUUCUUGGGCAAAGUUUGCGAUGUGGCAGUGGCAGCGGGUCCCCCAGAUCCAAUGCGAUGUAGUCUCAUGGGCCAUGAGAGCGGUAUUUUCAGUGUGGGUAUAUCACGGACACUGUGCUUACAGCUGCGCGAUGCUUUCGACAAUCCGUGCAUUCUCGGGGCGUCCACGGCCGAGGUGAUCGUGGAGCUGUAUCCGGAGAUAAGGCUUGUCCGUAUUUGCGCAAUUAUAUCACGUUUUUACAUUUAAGAUAGCGAUAAAAAUAUAUCGGACACACAAUAUAGUGAAAGCAGAAUACCACUACCAGCAAGCUUUCUGCUCAAUCGGAACAAGGCUUUUGGAAGAUGCAGCUUUGGCCUCUCUGUAAGGGAUUUUCGUAUAGUUAGUUAGAUACAGCAUCAAGGUCUUUUUACGCUUGUUCUAGGAGAUGAUCUUCACGGUGCAUUUACAGGCUUCGUUCUCUCACUACUUCUCCACUUCUUGCCAUAGCAAACAUCAAUCAUAAAGUCCCUAGUUCAUUGUUGAUGGUUACGCUCUGCCUCGGCCGGGAAGCAACGAUGGAGUUUUCGGAAGACACGGGGGAAUAUAUUUUGAGGACGGGUGAAUUGCCCCGUGCCGGUGUGUAUCACGUCCUUUGUGCUGUCGAUGGCCAGCGUGUUCUUGGAUCUCCCUUCGUAAUGCAACUGGACGAGGAACCGAGCGUCCAGGUUGCGUCGGCGGACGAGGGAGGAACCAGAGAGAGACCGGCAGUGGACGAGGGUGUAGCAGCGAGUCCACCUCAGGAAGACGUGGUGCCACUGCAGCCUUCUGCUGUUAUGCCGGAUUAUAGUCGUCGUUUCGACUUGUUCGAUUUAGUAUUCACACAAAAUUGGGAUUCUUACUUGUUUACAUCUGCCUUUUGCAAUCCUCUUGAGGAAUCGUUGGCAAAUAUCUUCGAUCUUGUUGUAAUCUGGCAAAACAAUAUUAUGAGAAAUCUAAUUCGCAAGAACCGCCACGGCCCAGCGCAGAGAAGGUGGCCAUUGUCCGUGCACGAGCACUUGAGCGACUGCGCAAGACGCAAAAUGAACUACGACAAAGGAUCAAGCGUGAAAAAACGAAGAAGGAGAAGCGUGUAGGCGGAGGAUUCUUGGUGCAGUUCGAUACUCGCAAGUAGCACCGAGACCGGAUGAUGAUCUGCACUCUCCCCACUAGCGUUUGAAUCAAGGGCGAUUUGAUUCAAAAAUGAGGGACUCAAGAUCUGUGCUGGAAAGAGAGGCCCUGCGAUUCCACUUUUCCUACAGCGAGUGGCUUUUUGAAGGUGGAGGAAAGAACAAACUGUACUACACAGUAGAGGCUUGUACUACACUGUGUUUUCAUCGGAUGGCCUUCAUCUAUUGACUUUAUUAAUACUUUUGCUGUGUUGUACGCAGUCGCAAUAAUGCACUUGAAUGAUUAUAGUGAAGGGUCUUCUGACUCCAUUUUGAAGUACUAUGCUCCUCGAG